AUGAAGAAAUAUGACGUCCCACUGAAUGAACUGCAAUUUGCAGAGGUGCAUUUUGCUGAUACGUUGGAGUUCUGCAAAAUGGUGAGUUUUGAUCAACGUUUUUAAAACGUUCAUAAACGACUUGUAUUUUUUUGGUUCCUUCGAAAUGAAUUCCUCAAUGGUAUUUGUGUUAUGAUUUCACUUGAGCCUUUCCAUUUGUGAUCUCUGAUCAACACAUGUCAUGGAGGGGCUUAAGUGAAACAGAUUUUAAAUAUUUUGUUUUAGGUCCAGGAAAAUGGAAAGCUAAGUAGCCCGAAGUUGUCCAUGGAUGGGCUUUACGGCCAUAUCUUCCCGGGCAAAAAAUUUAAGGGUGAGUGGAAAAUGCAAGUUAUUUGAUCACACGCGCACACCAAUCAAGAGGUAAUUUGCAUGUACAGAUUUUUUUUUUAAAGGAAUCAUAAAUGUCGCAUUUUUUUUAGAAACAAGACACUUGCUCGGCGUUUACUUGGGUUACCUUUCGGUGUUUGCUUGAAAACAUGCUAGAACGGUCUGGACGAACUAACAACCUAAGUUCAUCCAGUAAGACGAAAUAACUGUUAAGUUCGGCGCUAAUUCGUCUGUUGUCUGCUUUUAUAAGCAGACUAAUUAUCACACACACAAUACGAAAAUUCGCCUAAGUUCGUCCAGACGAAUUAUCCUGUAGAGUUAUAGAAACACUUGUGGAAUUUUGGGAAAAACGAGAAAUUGCAUGUCUGCACAGAUCACACGUCCACCCAUUCGUCUGGACCCUGUAUUGCUCGUAGUUAACAAGUUAAGGGGUCAAUAACCCAAGUACAGUAAUUAAUGUGGAAAAUUCCUUCCAUUUUUUUAGGUCAUCACACCGCAUUGGGGGACGUGAAUGCACAAGUGGUGGUGUCAUUUAUCCAGACAACCAUAGGUAGCAGGAUUUUGUGUCAGGCCCUCAUUGGCGAUACCGAGGGCCUGAUACGAAAACUAAGACAUCCACUGAUUAUUGUAAGUUCAAAAUUAUACUCUGGUUAUUCAAAUAACAUAAAAACAACUACAAAUUAAUAAGUGGUCACCAACAAGUACUUUUAUGUGGCUAGCCCAGUUGUGACAUCAUCAAUAAAACAAUGAGAUCAAAAAUUUGCACAAGAUGGCAGACAUCUCAUUGCUUUCCCUGAAAACAUUUCAAAAACUAACCAAGAUUUUAUAAAGCUUUAACUCUAUCAUUUGGCGAUAAAUUUCAUAUUUUUAAUUCAAUUGCUUCCGAAGUAAAUAUCUCAACUAAUAUUUACCCCCCUUUAAAACAGAAACCACCAUUGAAAUCCUCAUAAAAUAACCUUUCAAAUGGGGUCAAAUGCCAUCAUAACAUUACACAAACCAAACCAAUUGUGUAUUUUACUCACCGCUUGUCCAAAUAUUCUGUAUUUCAUAUCGAGAAAAUCUUGAAUAUCUCUUGAACUCCUCGGAAUUCCCCACAAGUCAAUGUGAGUGAAAUACUCCUUGUAUUCAAGCACUUUUGUGUGGAAAAUUUCAUUUUAAUACGGCCAGUAGAAAUAUAUUUAUUCAAAAUAUCAAUAUCAGUUUUUACCGGUUUUUACUCGCACUUGCCAGCCACACGCUAAAAUUGGCCAAUAAGGACUACCCACAGGCCGAUGCAUGUGCAAAUCACGCUGCAGGUGUAAUUUGACCUUUAGAAUCUAUUUCCGACGUUUCCCGAGCGAUAGGAUUUAAACAAUGCAAUGUUUUGGCAGAUCUGAGUUCAUAUUGUUUUCAACUGCCUUUGAGUAGACACCAAGAAACAUCUUUACCGCAAAAAACUUAUUGCAACUCGUCCACUACAACGAAAUUAUGCAUCACAUCUAACUGCGUCGACACCAUCCAAUGCUCAGCUAGAUCAGCUAACCACCAAAGUCCUUUGUCUUCGCUGUGACCAACUUAAACUCACAGCCACUGGAUCUUGUCAAACACUCCUUGUUUGUCUUCACGCUGCUACAAGAUCAGCAGAAAAUAUGAUUCCCCCCGACCCUGAACCAACGGUGAUUCCCAACGACCUCUACAACAACAGCUGUUCAAGAAUUGUUGCGAGGUGGUUUUACGUCCGAGCAGUCCAAGACCUUGCAAGCCUUGAUUUCCUUGUCCUUUUACGAUUCCACACUUCCUCGGAUUGCCACAGUCCCUACUCCACCAGACCAAAUGAAUCCUGGAACUUCGUCUGCAUUCCCUCCGUAUCUUCCAGCAAAAACAAUCUUGUCAAUUCGCAAUGGUGA